AUGUCACUGAUUGAUCUUGAAAUAGGUGUAGCAACACUUAAGGGUGACAGAAAAACUCAAAUGGAUAGAUUUGAUGUUGGAAAUCAUUUCUUAAACAGAGAUUAUUCAUUGCUUAUUAUUUAUGAUGGACAUGGCGAUGAAAUAUUUUCAAGACAUGCUAAAGAACAUUUAUCAGAAUUGAUUACAAAUGAUUCAGAAUUCAAAGCAAAAAAUUAUAAACAAGCUUUGAUAAAUGGUUUUCAAGCUGAAGAUCAUUGUUUAAAACAAACUUUUGGUGAUCGAAAAAAAGGUGGAACAACUGCUACAGCUGCUUUAUUUUUGAAAAAAUCAAAUUUUUGUUAUAUUGCUAAUGUUGGUGAUAGUACAGCAGUACUUGGUACUGUUUCUGGGAAACCACAAGCAAUCACUGUUUCUAAAGAUGAUAAAGUUACUGACGAACAAGAAAUGAAUCGCCUUAAGUCAGCCAAAGCAGUUGUUGAAAAAUGUCGAUUACGUCGUCCAGGUCAUUCUGUUAAUAUGACUAGAGCUCUUGGGGAUUUCGAUUUCAAAGCUCCAAAUACGCCAUCUGGUGAAGAUUGGAUUUCAACAAUUCCACAUGUUCAUGAAAUCAAUUUAAUUCCUCAUGAGGAUGAUUUUCUUAUUAUAGCUUCAGAUGUUGAGACGAUCACAGUCGCACUUGAUAAAGGCAAUAAUGCUUACGAGAUUGCAUCUUCGUUAACUAAUUCUGCAGUUGUUAAAUCCAAACCUUAUAGUGAUAAUGUUACAGCCAUGGUGAUAUUUUUUAUUUGGACAGAUAAUUAA